AUGAGCUCAAUUAAAUCUCUUGUUCCGCCAAAAAUUUCGGUUAGUGGAAUAGCUGGAGCUUCAGGUUCAACAGCAGCACUUAGUGAUUUUUAUUCAAAAUUACCAAAAGGACCAGUUCCAAAAGUUCAACCGAGCGGACCUUUAGGACGAUAUUAUGCAAGAUACAUUGCUACUAGCUCACCUGCUCCUAUUUUACACGCUGCCCUCGCGAUUACUUUGACCGGUUAUGCCAUUAAUUAUCACUUCAAUUUGAAACAUCAUAAGCAAAAGGAACACCAUUAA